AAACUCAGUUGCAAUCCGCGGAAAUCAACAACGGGACUGUUUUCCUCCACUUAGCUUAGCUCUCCAUCUGUCAAUCCCUGUCCUCACUAGGAAUCAUUAAACCCAUCUUAAAACGCCACCUUGGCGAUGUCGGAGUCUUACGAUUUCCUGUUUAAAUUCCUGGUGAUUGGGAAUGCUGGAACUGGCAAAUCAUGUUUGCUGCAUCAGUUUAUAGAGAAGAGAUUUAAGGAUGAAUCAAAUCACACCAUUGGGGUAGAGUUUGGCUCUAAAAUCAUCAAUGUGGUCAGCAAAAUUGUCAAGCUGCAGAUUUGGGACACAGCUGGACAAGAAAGGUUCAGGUCAGUGACCAGAAGUUACUACAGAGGAGCAGCAGGGGCCCUGCUGGUCUAUGACAUCACCAGCCGCGAGACCUAUAACGCUCUCACCACGUGGCUGAGCGAUGCCCGAAUGCUGGCCAGUCAGAACAUUGUCAUCAUCCUGUGUGGAAACAAGAAGGAUUUGGAUGCUGACAGAGAGGUGACCUUCUUGGAGGCGUCUCGUUUCGCUCAGGAGAACGAGCUGAUGUUCCUGGAGACCAGCGCUCUGACUGGAGAGAAUGUUGAAGAGGCUUUUGUGCAAUGUGCGCGGAAAAUUCUCAAUAAGAUUGAAUCAGGAGAAUUGGAUCCAGAAAGGAUGGGCUCUGGCAUCCAGUACGGGGAUGCUGCAUUGCGCCAGCUCCGUUCCCCCCGUCGCGCUCAGCCUCAGGGCACUCAGGAGUGUGGCUGCUAGUAGGCUCGCAGAGAAGUGACUGAAGACACCAACAGCCGGGUGCGACGUAAAACUCUUCUGAUGACUCCUUUCCACGGAACCUUCGUUUGCCAUGGUUGAACCAGCCAGGAACCCAAGAAGCUUUCCCCGCCAACCACUCCAAUUAACAGAGCCCCUCGGUCACGGCACUGCGUCCAUUUUGCAGUGAAGCCUCUCUACACGUUGCCCUUGAGGUAGAACAACUGGCAUCUUUGUAACAGUGCUAGCUCACCUCUAUUUGGCACAUGGCUCCUCUCGUGCUGUUUACAUCUCACUCCCAUUUCCACUGACACAUACACCUGCACCUCCCUUCACGGAAGCAUCUUCUACACUGUACAGCGAACCUGUAUAUAAAGCUUGACGCAUGUUUUCCUAAACUCAGAUUAAAAUUGGAUGAUUUCCUAACGAAGAUAUUCACGCGUGCGUCACUAUCACAUGUAUUAUUAUCAUUAUAUCAAGCUAUGGUAUAUACGAGGAGUAUGGAUGAAAGAGCCGAUUGUAUAUUUUGUAAAUGGUUGACAUCGGAUUCAGAUACACUCACUAAUGUACGAAAGAUACUUCUUAUCCUUCUAUCCUACACCUUAUCUAACUGAUGUGUAGAUCAAAUACAGUACAUUACUCAAUCAUUAUUUAGCAUAAGCAACAUAUCUGACACUGCAGCAUGUUUCAUCCAUAGGAUUUCAACAAAGGCGUCCCUGACUUUCUGUGUUGCUUGAUUACGUGACGCCUUACUUGACUGCUGGAGGGAACGCUCAAUUGUAUUUUUCAUCAGUUGUUUGUGAAAUGUUGUGAAAUUUCCCGUUGUUCAAAUUGGCCCUCAAAGGUGAUUUUGUUUUAUUUAUUUCAGUUGAAAAAUUUUCCAUGGCCUCUUAUAUUCUACUUAAUUAUUAGCAUUAUUUUUUACAUUGUCCCUGUUAUAGAAACUUUAAAGCACACCAAGAAGAGAAUUACAAAUGAAGAGUUAUAUACAGUUGAUGGCAAGAUUUGACAUACACUGUGCAAAAGCACAUUUCCUUUUUUUUUUUGUCUCACUGUCUGAAGUCAAAUCAGAUGAAACCUCUCCUGUUUCAGGUCAGUCAGGAUCAUCAAAAUUAUUAUUAUUAUUUUGUUAAAUGCCACAAUCCUGAGUGAAUUCCAUAUUUUCUUUGAGGUCAAAACUUUACAUACACAAAAUACUAUGUAUUUAAAGAACACGGGGAAGCCCAGAUGAUGAGGACAUGGCUUUGGAAGCUCCUAAUAUGUUAACAGAGAACAUGUGGGUUAAUUGACAGAAGACCUGCGGAUGUAUUUUAAACAACACCUCAAACAGAAGAAGAGAAGCUAGAAAAUCAGAGAAAGAAUCCUGGAGCACCACAAAUCUGGCUUAUCCUUGGGUGCAAUUUCCAUAUGCUUGAAGUUGCCAUGUUCAUCUGUUCAAUUACAAGCAAGUAUAAAAAUCAUGGGAAUGUCCAGCCUUGCACCGCUCAGAAAGGAGAUGGGAUCUGUUUCUCAGAGAUGAACAUGUUUUUGUCCGAAAUGUGCAAAUCAACCCCACAACAAAUGAAUGGAUGAAGCUCGCAAGAAAAUGUCAUUAGCCACUGACCGGGAAUGAAGCCAUAGCUCCUAAAGAAACCUAAAAAGAAAGAUUAGUUUUCUGAAACCCACCAAGGAAAAGAUAUUAACUACCAACCAAUUACGAAGUGUGGAGGUGGCAGCAUCAUGGAACUGGAGCGCUUCAUAAAAUAGACGCCAUCACGAAGAAAGAACAUGACAAAGACAUAUCAGCCAGGAAGCUAAAACCUAGGUGCAAAUGGCUUUUCCCUUUUGUGGGCAGAUCUGCAAAGGCGUUUGCCAACAAGGCAGCCGACAAACCUGAUUCAAUUACACCGGUUCUGUCUGGAGGAAUGGGCCAGGAUUCUAGCGGAGUACUGUCGGAAGUUUGUGGAAGGUUAACCCAAGUCAUGUUGUUCAAAGGAAAUGCUACUCGAUACUAAGCAAAUGUAUAUAAAAUUUUGACCUCAAUGGAAAUAAUAUAAAAUUCUCUAGGAAAUUAUUUCUCAUUUUUAUGACAUUUAACAUUUACAUAAUUUUGGUGAUCCUUUCUGAUCUAAAACAGGAGAGGUUUAGUCAGUGGAGACAACAAAAUGAAAUGUCUUUUGCACGAUAUAUGUAAACAUUUGGCUUCUACUGAAAAUGUCAAUCUGAUGUCUGCUCAAUACCAGGUUUUCUUACAUUUGUGUCAUCGUUCCCUCAAUUUAUAUUUUAUCCAGAGUGCUUUUCUCAUUAUGAAAAUCGUGAAUUGUUAAUUUAUUGUGUAUGAUAAAGCAUAUGUUUUUAAAAUUUAAAAAAAGUGCAAAUCUAGGAUUUACUUCCAAAUUCCACUUGUUGUGUUUCACUGGGGGGAAAAAAGUAACCUGGUAAGUACACACAAAAAAAAAAGACUGGUCAAAACAGCAUUUAUUAAAAGUUAAACAAGACAUUGUAAAAAAGAUAUGGAACUUUUUUGUGUUGUAACAUUGCUUUUAUCAUAAGCUGUAUUGUCAUGGAUGAGUGGAAAAAGGAAAGAACAUAUAACUUGUACAAUAAACCAAAACUUUUAAUGCAGA